AUGGGCUCUGUGUCAAACCAGCAGUUCGCAGGUGGCUGCGCCAAGGCGCCGGAGGAGGCGCCGGAGGACGCCGCCCGGGCGGCCGAGGAGCCGCAGCUGCUGCACGGUGCCGGCAUCUGUAAGUGGUUCAACGUGCGCAUGGGGUUCGGCUUCCUGUCCAUGACCGCCCGCGCCGGGGUCGCGCUUGACCCCCCAGUGGAUGUCUUUGUGCACCAGAGCAAGCUGCACAUGGAGGGCUUCCGGAGCCUGAAGGAGGGUGAGGCCGUGGAGUUCACCUUUAAGAAGUCUGCUAAGGGCCUGGAAUCUAUCCGGGUCACGGGCCCCGGUGGGGUGUUCUGUAUUGGGAGCGAGAGGCGGCCCAAAGGGAAGAACAUGCAGAAGCGCAGAUCAAAGGGAGACAGGUGCUACAACUGUGGAGGUCUAGACCACCAUGCCAAGGAAUGCAAGCUGCCACCCCAGCCUAAGAAGUGCCACUUCUGCCAGAGCAUCAGCCACAUGGUGGCCUCGUGUCCACUGAAAGCCCAGCAGGCCCCCAGCUCACAGGGAAAGCCAGCCUACUUUCGGGAGGAAGAAGAAGAAGAGAUCCAUAGCCCUGCCCUGCUCCCAGAGGCCCAGAAUUGAGCUACAGUGGGUGGGGGCUAUGCUUUUGUGAUCAGGAAGUUUUGAGGAGCAGGCAUCAAUCGGCAGAGUGGAGAAAGUGGGGACAGGGUGGGUAGGGGGCAGCUGGCGCUGCCAUGUGUCUCAGGCCGGG